CAACAUAAAAGCAACGAGCUCUGGCGGAGCGCGAAACGUACUGCUCCCAGCUCAAAACAGGGAAUUACUGCCGCGAUGAGGCCGUGGCACGGAAGAUUAUUCUUUGCAACCGCCGUAUUAGUACAGCUGCAGAUCCCCCCGUCGCGUUCUAACGUCUGCUGUGGACCUGGUCCUGAUCCACGUGACUGCAGAUGUCAAGUGCUGCAUGAUACAGAUGAAAUUGCUUGCUACUAUUCAGAGCUCAAUGGGUCCGAACCCAAAGCCAAAACACCGCAGUUAACUGGCUUCUCACAAGGUGGAACCUUUCCUAGCGGAGUUGGUGUUACUCUCUUCUGUAAUGUCAGCUACGUCUCGUCCCCAACCAAAUGCCCACUCAAAGUGGUAUGGGAGCACAACGGAACUGCUGUGGAUCCUAGCCUGGUCCAUGUCAACAAUACGUUCAAAAACAACGUAUACAAGAGUACGCUCAGUAUACCCCACUUCUCAGCCUCUGCUCAGGGAGACUAUGUGUGUAGAGUGGAGCAUAAGACCGACUCUAGCUCUACAGCAAGUCCUUCUGCUAUACUACAGCUCCCAAAGUUCCUGGGAUGGAUUGACAGGGGCUACCCUCCUCCCACUGAUGCCAACACUGUGACUCUGAUUGUGCAGAAAGGAGGUUCAGUCAUUCUGGAGUGUUCUCCCAAUACCACUGAGUCACUAAAGGGGCGGAUUCCUCAGCUGGAGGCCAAGAUAGCCACCCUCCCUCUCCCAAGUGGCAAUGUCCUGGUGCCUGAUGUACAGGAAGAUGUAAGCAUCUCCUGUGUCUGGCCACUCCAAGAGGCACACACAAGGCACUUCCACAUAUCAGUCUCUCCUGAUCCCCCUCCUGAAGAUCUGACGCUGGUGGUGAGGCCUACGGACAGUGUGGUAGCUGCUGGCUUUAGCCUGGAGCUGUACUGCAUAGCUGAGGGACCUAGGGCAGCCUCUAUCACCUGGUAUAAGGAUGAUGUGCCUGUGGACGGGCAGAUGGGGAAAGGGGAAGUUCUUGAGGUGAAUGAACCCACUUCCAACGAUGGAGGAACUUACACAUGUUCAGUGUCGGAUGGAUCUCUAACUUUGAAUGCCUCUGCUGUUGUGACUGUAGUUGAUCCUCCCGGGCCAGUAUCUCUCUCAGUGGAUGGUGACACCAGUGCUCUCAACAUCGACCUCCAGACUGGAAUAGUUACAGUGUCUCAGUCUGCAGACUUCUCCCUCAGGCUGUCCUGCCACGGGAACACCACCACAGGUCUCCACUACCAGUGGUUUCACGGAGGAGUGCUCACGGCCGAGGGGGAGGGAGUGGAGUCUCUGGUCCUGGCGACCUCUGACCUGCAUAAUCUGACCGGAUCCUAUCAGUGUAUUGUCUCCAAUAUUGCAGGGAGACAAUUGUCGCAGGCUCUGUGGAUCACAAUAGAUGAGUCCAAACCUCACCCACCAGUUGAUGUUAGAAUUAAAAAGAACACAGGGCCAGGGGUCUACUUUGAGUACGACAUUUUGUGGGAGAGACCAGAGGAGGGUUCUGUCACAAACUACACGGUUGAGACUCUAUCCCUGAGCGACGGACGGGCAGCUAACUACUGCUCCUGCAUUGGUCAUCAUUCUGACAUGACAAACACGUUUUUUGCAUUCUGGGCCGGCUGUUUUCCUGACGUUACCCGUGACUACUCCCUCUACUACAGAGUAGCAGCCAACACAAAAGACUCGCAGAGUGACUUUAUCGCCGGACCAUCUACAACAGUCACCCUAGAUGCUCCACCGAAGACAAAGAGCCUGUCAGUGGAGACUGUGGCGGCUACUGACAAGUGGGACCUGAGGCUCAGCUGGGAGUAUCAAGACACUGACAACUACUACCCAGUCUGCUAUCACACUACAGUGACUCCACCUUGUGGCACUGCCAGUACUAGAAUUAGUUCUUCGCCAGUACAAGCUUCCAUGAAUUGCUGUACAACAUGUGAAUGGAGUGUCACCAACAUUAAUCGCGCCUACCCUACGAGAAGCAGUGUCAAUAGGUCAAACUACUCAACCCCUCCCUUGAAACCAUGGGCACCACCUCAGCUACUCUCAGUGGAACGUCUUGAAACAAGUGGAACCUCUUUCUCGGUAUCGUUUGAGCUCCCCGAUCCCUCAAAAUCCUGUAUGUGUGAGGUUGGAGAGAGUUUUCAGGUCACAGUUAGAACCAACGACACCACGAUCACCCCAGUCACCACUACCGUCUUACUUACUGACUCUGCCUUCAAUGUUGACGUACCAGAAGCUGAUUGUUCUGCUGCCUAUGACAUCAGUCUAGCCUUCCACAACUCACUGGGAAUGAGUCCAUAUAGCAUUCCCUUCACUGUUGGUCUGCCUACUGGAAAUAAUAUUCCAAGAUUCUCCAAGGCUCUUCAGUACGACAACACCAGUGAGUCAGAGGUGACAGUGAGCUACCAGCUGGAGCCAGGUGCAGGAUGUCUACUGGGUGACGGUCUCCUCCAUUCCGACAUCUGCUGUGCUGCAACCCAGUCAUCAGACACAUGUUCUCCUGACCUGUUUAACACACUGGACCAUGUUAACUGUACUAGCAUUAGUAGUGGGAGUGGGAACCUCAGCCUCCCGCGGUACCAAACCUUCUGUGUGGUGGCCAAAGUCUGGUCUGACCUGCUGGACAUGAAUGUCUCCACCAAAACCCUCACAGUUCCUGCCAAUGAAGGCAUCCCUUCCGAAAAACCAAAGAAUCUGUCAGUAUCACCAGUGAACACGACUCUUAACAUCAGCUGGAGUGCUCCACUCAAGGAGUCUUGGCACGGAAUACCGUACGGUUACAGUCUGAACAUCUCUACAGCUGGCGGGGAACUGAAUAGAGAGCGAGUGUGGUCAAACUCUCUAAUAUACAAGAACUACAACAGUUCACUUACGUACAGCGUCACCAUAUCAGCUUGCACAAGAGUUGGGUGUGGACCAAUAACCAGCACUACUAUUUCCCAUGAUGAUCAAGUGACAACUGAUCAACCAUCUAAUGGCAGUGAUCAAGUGACAACUGAUCAACCAUCUGAUGGCAGUGACAAUAUUCAGCCAGUAACUGAUCACUCAUCAAAUGACAGAGGUUCUGUUACACUUGCUGUGAUUGUGACAUCUUCAACUCUGUCUGUGCUGGUUAUAUCAGCCCUAAUAAUGAUCAUCAUCAUCUCCUGCACUUGCUACCACAGAAGACGCAAGAAAUAUGCUAGGCUGAGAAAUGAGAGUAUACCUGAUUUUAGAACUGCACAGCUGUUUGAGGAUAAUGAGUCACUGGUUGCCAGUCGUGGACCUCCCACUGGAGCCCCUGCCCGCUCUGAGUACACUGACUUUGAGUCUCUGUGCAGUGGGGACUCUAGAGUCGGGGAGUGGGUCAAACAGACUGCCAGCCAGCACAUAGACGGCUAUGUCAGGGAUGCAGACGAGGAGCUUGCUCUCCUGCAGGAAAAAGACACCAAACAACCCAGCGGCCCUUCUCUUGUUCCACCCCCAGAGACCCAGUCUAGCAAUGGCUACUGCUCAGGGUCUGGACGAUCACUCCAGGUAGCCAAGAAUAAUGAGUGCAGUGCUACAACUGCCACUACACCACUUUCUUCCGGCUAUAGCACAGAACACCACACUGCACCUGUAGUUGGUGCUUCGAUAUCUGAACAACGCUGCAGUGGACAGUUGCAACUUGCAUACACUGGCAUCCAUAACCUGAUAGCCCAACCACUACCUGCUCAAUGUACUUUCACGAACAACUAUCAUCCAACUACAAGGAACUCACUUCACCAGACAACCUCAGACCUCAUGGACAAUGACUUUAUAUCAAGGCUGCUCUGUCAAGAAGACUUUGACCCUCCAAGUUCAAAUCCUGCCAUUGACCUGAACAAUAAAAAUGUCCUUCUAGGGCCUACUGAACCAGUAACUGAUUCAUACACUCCAAGUGAUAACCUCUCCCCUAUCAUUCAGAUGACCAAUCCCAAUAGUCAUCCUGUCAAGUCAGAAGUGGAGGAGACUGACUCAGUCUUUGACACCUCCAUGUCUCCAGUCCGACACUCGGCCACCCAAGGUCCCCCGGGCAGGACCAGAAGCAGCAUGACCAGUGGCUUCCUCUCUCUCUCCGACACGUCCCUGGACUCCAGUGACAACAUGGAGAUGACUCCCAUCCGCACCUGCCCCAACCCCCCUUCCUUGGCUAGCGGGCACAGUUCCACCUCCUGGGCCACCUGGACCCCUCCCUCCAAGCAGGCAGCCCCUGUCAUCCCAUCUCUCCUGUCCUCUGAGGUCAACAAAACCUCAGCCUCCCUCCUGCCCUCUCCUCCACUAGAUCACAUGCAGCUGUCCUGCUAUGAGAAUAUUGACGGUGACCCUUUGGCACACGAAGCAUUUCGCUUUGAACUAUAAGCAUUAUUAUGCUCACUGUAAUCCUACAGGAGUUGUAAAAAUGAUGUUUCAUAUUUUUUUGGCUUACUUAUAUAUUUUUUAUAUAUGCAGUUAAUGGUUGUCCAGUGAGUAUUAUAUUUUGGUCAAA